UUCCACUUUCUCUCCCACUCAGCACCACCGCCACUCUUCCACUUUUCCGCAACGAGUCCAAUAAAAGGGACCAAAAACACUCGCAAAGAAGUAAAGAAAGCCCACAAUUUCACCACCCUUUACACCAGCAUCACUUUCCUACACAUUAAUCCUACAAACUGCCUCUGAUUAAUUGGUUUUUUCAUCUCUCCAAUAUACGCAGAAACAAAACUUCAACAGCUUGUGGUUCUAUUUUAUAGCAUCAAAAAGCAAGAAAAAGCUGGUACAGAAAGCUAUAAGUUGAGUGGAAAUUUGAUUGUCUUGAUUCUGUCUCACUCUGUCUUCUUGGUGAGGAUUUUGGAAGUUGGUAGAGUUGGUUUGGAGUGAUAAAGAUGGAGGACAGUGGAAUGGUAAACAAUGUUGCUGCAGCUUUAGCCGCAGCCCUGGACUGGAGGUCCUCUGGGGAUGCUCGGAAAGCUGCCUAUUCCUACUUAGAAUCUGUAAAAGCAGGCGAUAUACGUCAUUUAGCAAAUGCAUCAUUUACUCUAGUUAAGAAGGACUGGUCUUCUGAAAUUCGGCUGCAGGCUUUUAAAAUGCUCCAGCAUUUGGUGCGAUUACGUUGGGAUGAACUCAAUCCUACAGAAAAAAGGAACUUUGCUAAAAUGGCAGUUGAUUUGAUGUCUGAAAUGGCAAAUCCUUCUGAAGAGUGGGCCUUGAAGAGUCAGACUGCUGCUCUUGUUGCUGAGGUAGUCAGGAGAGAAGGAGUGAGUCUUUGGCAGGAGCUUCUUCCAUCUUUAAUUUCUCUGUCCAAUCAGGGUCCUACCCAAGCAGAGAUAGUGUCAAUGAUGCUAAGGUGGCUUCCUGAAGAUGUAAUGGUUCAUAAUGAAGAUUUGGAAGGUGAUAGGCGUAGGCUGUUAUUACGUGGGCUUACCGAGUCCUUGCCCGACAUAUUACCUCUAUUGUACAGCUUACUGGAGAGGCAUUUUGGUGCUGCACUGGCUGAAGCAAGCAGGCAGCAGUCGGACAUUGUGAAACAGCAUGCAGCAACUGUAACAGCUACUCUAAAUGCUGUUAAUGCAUAUGCUGACUGUGGUUUUUUACUCUCUUCUCCUGACUUUCGUCUUCAUGCAUGCGAGUUUUUCAAGUUUGUCUCCCCAAGAAAACGACCUAUUGAUGGCACUUCUGAAUUUGAUUCAGCUAUGGGUCAGAUCUUCCAGGUCUUGAUGCAUGUUUCAAGAGAUUUCUUGGCCAAAUCUAGCUCCAGUAUUGCUAUGGAUGAGAGUGAAUUUGAGUUUGCAGAAUAUAUCACUGAAAGUAUGGUCUUUUUGGGGUCUUCAAACUUGCAGUCUGUUGCUGGUGAUGCCGGAAUUGUUUCCUCUUAUCUUCAACAGAUGCUGGGAUUCUUCCAACACUGUAAACUAGCACUACACUGCCAGUCUCUGCUCUUUUGGCUGGCUUUGAUGAGGGAUUUGGUGUCCAAGUCAAAGAUUUUUCCCACCGACAAUACAGUUGAAAAGAGUAAUUCAAGUUCUGGGCAAGCUGAUAUUGAGAAGAAAAAGAUUCUAGCUUUUGUUAAUGAUGACAUCUUUAAUGCAAUACUGGACGCAUCUUUUCAGCGCAUGCUGAAGAAAGAAAAGGUUCAUCCUCACUCAGCUUUUCUGGUUGGGACACUGGAGUUGUGGAGUGACGACUUUGAGGGCAAAGGAGAUUUUGGCCAGUACCGUUCACGACUUUUGGAGCUGAUCCGAUUUGUUGCAUCUGAGAAGCCCCUUAUAGCUGCCACUAAGAUUUCUGAGAGAAUAAAUGCUAUUGUUAAGAGUCUCUUACUUGCCCCAACGCCUGCCCAGGAAUUGGCUACGAUGGAAAGCAUGCAGCUGCCUCUAGAAAAUGUUGCGAUUGCAGUUUUUGAUGGAUCAAAUGAUUUUGGAAGGAUGCCCUCUGAAGUUCAACUUGCUUUGUGCAGGAUAUUUGAAGGUCUACUCCAGCAACUUCUAUCUUUGAAAUGGAUUGAGCCUGCCCUUGUUCAAGUUCUUGGACGCUACUUGGAUGCUUUGGGUCCCUUCCUGAAGCACCAUCCAGAUGCAGCCGGCACUGUAAUCAAUAAACUCUUCGAGCUUUUGACCUCUCUACCACUUAUUGUCAAGGAUCCUUCAGUGAGUGCCGCUCGGCAUGCGAGGUUGCAGAUAUGCACGUCAUUUAUUCGAAUAGCCAAGGCUGCUGACAAAAGCCUCCUUCCACAUAUGAAGGGGAUUGCAGACACAAUGGCAUAUCUGCAGAAGGAGGGUACUUUGCUUCGAGGAGAGCAUAACCUUCUAGCUGAAGCAUUUCUGAUCAUGGCUGCUUCUGCGGGAGUUCAACAGCAGCAACAAGUGUUGGCAUGGUUGCUUGAACCUUUGAGUAAACAGUGGACACAGGUAGAGUGGCAGGAAGCAUAUCUGUCUGAACCUGCAGGCUUAGUCCGUCUCUGUGCAGAGACAUCAUUUAUGUGGUCGCUCUUCCACACAGUGACUUUCUUUGAGAGGGCACUGAAGAGAAGCGGUGUCAGAAAAGGCAAUUUCAACUUGCAAAAUAUUUCAACUGCUUUGCAUCCAAUGGCUUCUCAUAUAUCAUGGAUGUUGCCUCCUCUCCUUAAACUGCUGCGUGCUGUACAUUCUCUUUGGUCUCCAUCUGUUGCUCAAGCAUUACCUGCAGAAGUAAAAGGAGCAAUGAUCAUGAGUGAUGUUGAAAGAACCAGUCUUCUUGGCGAAGGGAGUCUUAGAUUGCCUAGAAGUGCUUUAACAUUUUCUGAUGGCUCUCAGCUUGAUAUGCACAAGGAAGGCCAUUCAGAGCCCACUGAGAUAGAUAUAAGGAAUUGGCUGAAAGGUAUCAGGGACAGUGGGUAUAACGUUCUUGGUUUGUCAGCAACAGUUGAAGAUUCUUUUUUCAAAUAUUUGGACUCCGAUUCCAUUGCUUUAGCAUUGAUGGAAAAUAUACAAUCAAUGGAGUUCAGGCAUAUACGGCAGCUUGUUCACUCAAGUAUCAUUCCAUUAGUGAGGUGCUGUCCUUCAGAUUUGUGGGAGGGAUGGAUGGAAAAGCUUCUGCAUCCGUUACUUUUCCAUAGUCAGCGGGCACUUAGCAGCUCAUGGUCUAGUUUAUUGCAGGAAGGUCAUGCAAAGGUUCCAGAUCUCCAUGGUAUACCAGCAGGGUCAGACUUAAAAGUGGAAGUAAUGGAGGAAAAGCUUCUUCGAGAUCUGACUCGUGAGAUUUGUUCACUCCUUUCUGUUCUUGCUUCAUCAGGACUCAAUUCUGGGCUUCCUUCUCUGGAACAGUCUGGGCAGGUUGCCCGAGUUGAUGUAUCUAAUCUUAAAGGUUUAGAUGCAUUCGUCUCAAGCUCUAUGGUUGGGUUUUUGUUGAACCACAAAAGCCUUGCUCUGCCUGCUUUGCAGAUCAGUUUGGAGGCUUUUAGAUGGACAGAUGCUGAAGCUGUCACAAAAGUUGCCUUCUUCUGCGGAGCCGUCGUUCUUCUUUCAAUUGUAACCAAUAACGCAGACAUUCAAGAGUUUGUUUGUAAACAUUUAUUUUCUGCAAUCAUCCAAGGAUUGGCCCUUGAAUCCAAUGCCAUAAUCAAUGCUGACCUAGUUGGUCUCUGUCGCGAAAUCUUCAUUUAUCUCUCUGAUAGAGACCCUGCUCCUAGGGAGAUUUUGCUUUCUCUUCCUUGCAUUACCCAACAAGAUUUUCUUGCUUUUCAAGAAGCCUUGUCAAAAACAAGUAGUCCCAAGGAGCAGAAGCAGCAUAUGAAGAGCUUCCUGUUAUUAGCUACUGGAAACCAGUUAAAAGCACUAGCUUCUCAGAAAAGUGCAACUGUCAUUUCCAAUGUUUCAGGGAGACCUCGCAAUUUGGGUCCUGCUCCAGAAUCCAACCUCACUGAUGGGGGGGAUGCUAUUGGAUUGGCUGCAAUUAUGUAGGAGAAUUUUUGGACGCGCGAGAUUCUGUACAGAGACGAGUAAACUAACUAGAAAAUCAUACACCAGUCCUGCUGCAGCUGGAAAGCUGGCCUUUGUUUUUGCUCAAGAGGUCUACUGAUCCCCUUUAAAUUUGUCUCGACAAAAGCUUAAUCUCAGCUUGCUAUUGGUAGAUUAUACCAUUUAAAUUCCAAUAUCAUGUAGUUGCUUUGUGUAUAAAUAUGCUGACAGUGUAAGUACUUGUGCAAGUUUGAUUACUGAUGCACAAAAGGGAAUGCCUAUUGCAAGUUGCAUGAACAGCUAGCCAUUGAAACAUCAAUGUUGGAGGACUUGCUCAUUGUUACAAUCAUCAGGAGAAAACAGUAAGCUUGAACCGUAUAAAAUGAAGCUAAUUGUCCGUAGUUGUACA